UUCUGUAUUAUAGUUAUUUGUUCAGCAGUCGAAAAGCUUGAAAUAUAAUAUUCAUUUUGUAUUGAACAUUCAAGAAUAUUUAACUAAAUCUAAAUGAAUUAAGCUAGGAUCCAAGAGUUCGUAAAAGUACAAAAGUUUUAUGUGAAUAUUUUUGUAAGAAGUCUGUUGUAUCCUUAAUCGUAUUUAUAAAUUUUAAUUGACGAUUGAAAAAAUGUCAGAACAAUUCGUUGGUUGUACAGUUUCUGUCACAUGUAUAGAUGAUCUUGGUACUUACCAGGGUCAAAUAAUCGAUUUAAAUAAACAAAGUGUGACUCUUUCAAAGGCUUUUUGUAACGGCGUACCGCAUACCUCGUCUGUAGUUAGUUUGAAUGCUAAAGAUAUAGUCAACGUAGAAAUUAUUUCUACCAAAGAAGCUGGCUCUAAUAUAAAUGAUACGCAAACACAAAGUAAAGUAACAGUAAAGAGACCGAUUGCCAAAAGAGCUGGUAGAUCUUUUUCUGAAAGUGUUCCAUCUUCAACACAUUCCGGUGGAAUGCAAUCAUCAUCGAAUUUUAAAAAACCUGUCGAAUCGGCACAACAGCAAUCUGAGCUCGCAACUAAUGGAAAAAUGGGAUCAACUGAGCCUAAUUGUAAGCCAGCUCAAAAGAGACUUACUCAUAGACAGAGAGCACUUGAAAGGGAUGAGCAUACUUUUGGUACUCCCAUUGAUCAAUCCUUGAACCAAGAUUUCGAUUUUGAAAAAAAUUUAGCAUUAUUUAAUAAAGAGGCUGUGUGGCAAGAAAUAAAUUCUCUUAAACCAGACAUCGUUAGACAGUCGGAGAGUAAUAGAGGUGGUGGUGGUAAAUAUCGACACGAUGAGAAUAUAAUUGUUUCGGAACCUACAGCCUUCAGACAAAUUGUUGUACCUUCGACUGGGGAAAAAGAAUAUGUUACGGAUGAUGGCCUAGUAAUACCAAGUAUCACUCUUGAUCUUCAUCGUCAAUUAAUUGGUGCAGCAGAUCGGCUUGGUAUUAGCUGGGAACGAAGGGUAGAACUUCUUGGACGUGCAGGAGCAGAAAUUAUUCUUCAACUUCUUGGUGGUGGACAUAGACUCAAUCCAAAUAAUGCUCAUCAAUGGCCAACCGUUGUAGCACUUUGCGGACCGAAUAGAUCAGGAGCUGCUGGCGUUAAUUGCGCACGACAAUUAUCUAGUCAUGGUGUUAAAACAAUAGUAUUCGUUGAAAAUUCAGAAGAUGUUUUUCUUCUACAAGAACUAUCAUUAUAUAGAUUGACAGAAAACAAAGUAGAAACUAAAGUUAAAAAUUUACCUUCUGUCGUAGAUUUAAUUCUUGUUGCGCUAUGCGAUGAAAAUUCUCCAAAAAUGGUUACUCCAGUAACACUUUGGGCAAAUAAUAAUAGAGCACUUAUUUUAGCUAUUGAACCACCAUCUGCAGGUACACCUGGCAUUUUAAGUAAAUUUAGUUUAGUUGGUGCUUUACCAUUAUCUCAUAGUCUUGACAAUGGUAGACUAUAUCUUUGUAAUCUUGCUCUACCAAACAAAGUUUAUUCUGAUGUUGGGAUUACUUAUAGGUCUCCUUUUGGACCAAAAUUUGUCAUUCCUUUGCAUUCCGAUAACUCCUAGCAAAUUUUUAAUCAAUAUGUUGAUUCUAGCAACAGCAUCUUCAGAUUUUAAAAAGUUCUAUUGUUUUUUUUUUCUUUUUUUUUUUCUUUUUUUUUUUCUUUAGCAUUGUAUACAAUUAAAAUAGUGGUAUACUAUGUCACAGGAAUAUACUCCAAGGACAGAGGAUAUUGUCCUCAUAUAUAUAUAUAAAAACAAAAAAAAAACAAAAAAAAAACAAAAAAAACAUAACAUGCUGUGACAUUUACUAUGUAAAUUAUAGUUUUUCGUAAGCAUGUGUUAAGUGUGGCUUACAUCAAAUUGAGGAUGAUAUAUUUGAUAUGUUUUAAUAGAACAAUAUAUUUAUUGAUAUAUCAUACAUUUAUAAUAUUAGAUUAAUCACAUUUAUAUAAUCGGACAAAAAAACGAGCACAGUCAGAAUUCUAUAAACUAUAUUGUGUAAUUGCAUUUGAAUUUUGCCGCUAAAGCUUUGUAAAUGAAAUCAUUAAAAUACGUAGUAUAUACGAUAACGGUUAUAACAAUCAGUGAAAAAAAAAGUUGUAAUAUUUUAUUAGAUAUUCUUUAAAAAUGAUCCAUUUUAUGACUCGUAAAAAUUAUAGUUACCGAAAAUUAUUUAUUGUACAAAUCUCAUUUUUUUUCUCUCUUUUUUCUUCUUUUCUUUUUUUUUUUUUUUUUUUUUUUUUUUGGAAAGUUCAAAUGUAUCACGCGAUAAUUUUUACAAUAGCUAUUGAUUUCUAUGAAAUCUAUUACAUCAUUAUUCAUUUAAUUAGCAUGUUUUGAUAUAUAUUAUUUGAUAGUUCUAAAGAAGUAUGUAAGGAAAAUAUUUCUUUUUUUCUAUAACCGAAAUUACUUUCCUAAUGUAUUUUCUUUAAUUAGGCAUUAAAUUUAUCUUACCAUAUAUUAUAAAAUAUUCUGUGCACAAUUAUAAUAGGAUUAAAUGCAUUAUAUAUUGUUUUUGCAGAUAUCUAAUUAGGUUCAUAUUCCCUUUCAUUUCUAAAAUAAAUGUUAUUAAAUAAAUUCAAAAGAAUUUCAAUAUUUCAAAUUUUAUAAUCGUUGAAGUAUAUCCAAAAAGAAAAAAUCAUCAUUCGUACAGAAAAUACUUAUUUCGGAAGUGUGUGAAACAAUUAAUAUAUCUAGUGGUAUUUUCUACUGGAUAAUAAUAAUAUAUUUAUGUGAAUCAAUCAUUUCAAAAUGUGAUGUUGCAUUUUUAACGACUGUUUGUAACAAACAUUCAGUAUACAAGGCUCAUUUUAAUUAUAGUUAUUAUAAGUAAUUUAUUCAUAUUUUAUAAUCGAUUGUAUAUUCCUAAAUUUAUUUUACAUUUAAGAUUUAACAAAUCGUAAUGCUAUAGACGAUAAAUUAGUAAGUAAAGUAUAAUUUGUUUCUUGUAAAAGACCUUAAUUAAGUUCUAAAUAUUUUCAGAAAAAGUUAUACGAAUUAAAUAAAUCUGCAACUUUCACUGAAUAUAUAAAAUAGCUAGGCAAAAGAAUAAAUUUUUUAUGUUUCUAAAAAUUAUUUUAUUUAUAAUUUUGUAUAACUUUGUAUUCAACAUAUUUUCUUUAUUUUGAUAUAUAUAGAUGUAAUGAAUCUUUUCUCAUUAAGAUGCAAGUACUUUUAACAAUAAUAAAUGUAAGUACUUACAGUAUAUAUAUAUAUAUUCUUAUGAGAUAUUGAUCAUUAAGUUUGAUCAAUAUUUAUCAGGAAUUAUAUAUGCAAUUAUCACUCACGCAUAUUGAAAAAGAAAAUAAUAUAAGAAUACUUGUAUCUACAGAACAGUGUAUACUGUAUACUGGUGCAUGAUUGUUACUCGAGUUGUUGAUGGCAUUAAAAGAAACAAUAAAACUAAUAGCCUUAUUAAAA